AAGAAUAUUGAUCAGCUUGUGUAGCUGAGCAUAUAGGGUUUUGUGUGGAUUUAUUCAGUUUUGUUAAAAGUUAUUGCCCUUGACAUAAAUUUGCAACUUUCACGUAUAGCUCAAAAGUAUUUGACCUGAAGUCCUGAAACUUCACAAGAACGCCGGUCAGCAUGUGUAGUAAUUCACUUGUAGGCUUGCUUGUGAAAUAUUGCAGUAUUUGUAGAGUUAUUGCCCUUGAAUUAGUAAAAGAUGUGCAAUUUUCAACUUGCGUCUUGCGUAACUAAUAAAGUAGUUGACCUAGAGGAAUGGAAUUUUACAAGACUGUUGGUCAGCAUGUUUUGUUGUGCAUCUUGGGCUUUGCUUGCUUUUACUUUCUUUUAAGCAUACUUAAGGAAAUAAAAUUGACAUUUAACAAUUUAAUAAUUUAGGGUUCUAUUUUCAAAUUAUUUUAGAACCACUAGAAAACAGCAGCAAAGACGGUGUCUACUGUGUCCUUUUAAAAAAAACAUGUUCCACACCAUCUUAUCAUGAGUCGACAUAACGAACAUAUGUCAAAACAGCAAUUCAUUAGUUCAUUGACAGACUCGGGCUUUUAUUUGUUUUUAGAUAUGAAUAAGUUUGAUCAUUUAACAUGGAUUUAUUAUUGCUGUUGAUGCGUGAGUGUUGGGUAAAGACCAGUUGCACAUACAGAGAACAUAUAUGUCGGAGCUUUGUACAUGUAUGAUAUAUCACAUUUUAUUCUAAAUAGUAACCUUCUUAAAGACCUUACAUUUUAACUGUUUAAUAAGACGAAUCAGUUCGCGUGCUCUUAAAAUAUGAUUAAAGAUUACAUUUAAACGUGCAUGGUAAUUUAUUGCAGAUAUGUGACACAAAACUAUUCAGCUUAUCUGUAACGGUUAAUAUCUAGAACACGGGUACGUGCUUAAUCAUAAUGCGAUGUCAAAGUGUUACCUAAUUUUUUUACCUCAACAUGUUAACCAAUUAAAUAUUAAAAGUUUAACAGGGAGUUUGAAUCUCGACAUGGCAGAGGAAAUAUCGCGGGAACUUGGUGGUACCUGGGUACUAGAGCGGAGCGAAAAUGUCACAGAAUAUCUGACAGAGCUGGACAGGAGUUGGACCCUGUGAACGCAAAUCGUUCUCGGACGAAACCGCUUCACAAACAAUUAGCGUCACUGAUGACGUUAUACACCUUGAGAUGAAGUACGGCAAAAGACAGAUUAAGAUGGAUUUUAAAUUAGACGAAGAGUUUGUCAUCAACGCUGGAAAACCAAGCAAAGCAAUUGCUUCCUGGAUGAACGGUGCUAUGGUGAUCAACACUUGUCGUGUAGAAUGUGGUAGACAGCAACAAAUAGAAAGAAAACGAAAAGGCGACAAGUUAAUUCAGACGAUGACGUCAAAUGGCGUAUCUUGUAGACGGAUCAUGCGGCGUCUCUCAGCAGAUAUAACAUAAAAAAGAUAAACAUGAUAUGUCAAAAUGUUUAUCAUAACUUAUGUGUUAUAUAUUAACAUCAUCCCAUUCAGAAGUAUCUCUAUUUUCAUUUCAUUUUAAAUGGUUUGUUACGAGUUUACAUUAGUGUGCCUUCGUUUGAAAGAGAAAAAAACGUUGCCGCAAAUCAGUUGAUAUGAGUUUACAUAACUGAUUUUUCUCUCACAAUGAAUAUUUUAAUUAUGAUAAAACGAUCAUGCAGAAAUGAACCAUGUUUAUAACUUUCUUUUCUGAAAAAUAAAAGCGGCCAGUAAAGCGUGGCUUUAAGCGGAUUCCCUGAUGAAGAUUUCCAAGAAGCAGAAUUAUUUACGGAAACUAUGGAUAAAGGCAACUUGUGCUGAAAUCUGUCUUUAAUUGCUCCCCAUUUACCUUAUCAUACCUGUUAAAUGCAUUAUAUACAUGUCCCCGAUUAGUCACUUAGUUAUUAUAACAAAUUUUAUUAUACCCACACAUAUUGCAGUGGUAUAAAUAAAUUAUGAAUAAAUACUGAUUUUUUGUAGUCGGGCUAAAACAGACCGCUGAAUCGCUAUCAAUAAAGUUAUCAAAAUUUUUAUCUUUAUAACCACCAUUGCCAGACUCGUUUUUUUUGUAAACGAAAUAUACCCGAGGCACUACUUAUGAACUCAAUAAUGAUUUGUCCAUAGUUUUACAAAUAAAAGAAUUGAUAGAAAUGUCGAUUCAUACAGUAGUUCAGGUACAAAUCGAUAUAUUUAAUUACGGGCUUUGUCAGUCAUUCAAACUAAAUGAGAUGAGAAAUAACUGGAAUAUGAUUUCUGCUUGACUGAAAAUCAAAUACAUAUCUAUAACAGCCUGUAAAUUACACUUAAUGGUAAAGAUGGAGUUCUGGAAAUUAUUCUUAGUGACCUGUUUUUUGUUGAUUGUUAACUCAGGAGAAAUAAAUGGAGUUCAGAAUAAAAGUUCAGAGUACCUGUUGUAUGAACACAUUUUUGUAGACCAAGGAUAUAACAGAAAUAUUCGACCUGUUGUAAACUCAUCAAAACCUAUAUUUGUCAACGUCUCAUUAAAUCUACUUAAUAUUAUCAACUUUGAUGAAGUAGCUGAAAAGUUGACCAUAGCUGGCGAGCUGAAGAUUUCCUGGAUUGACGAAUAUCUCACAUGGGAUACAGAUGUAUACGCUGGAGUAGAUAGUCUCAACAUUCUUCAGAACAAUGUAUGGAAACCUGACAUUGGUUUGGAUAAUUCCGUCACUAGACAUAGUGACAUGGGAACGCCGGCAAUGUAUGUCCUUGUGCGAAAUAACGGAGAAGUGUUUUGGAAUCCAAUGGAGGUGUUUGUGUCAACAUGUCCAGCGAAUGUUAUAAAAUAUCCUAUGGACGAACAAACAUGUUGUCUUAAUUUUGAAGCGUGGAAUUUUAACAGAAAAUCUGUUCAGAUAGGUAAAGGAUCUGAUAGAAUUGAGGUAGAUCACGGAUAUGAUGGCCUCCCACAAUGGUUCAUCACAGAAACAUCUGCCAGAGAAAUGAUGGAGGCUGAUGAUUAUUACGUUACUUUCUGUAUAUCGUUAAAACGUCAGUCAUUGUAUGUGAUGCUGAACAUUAUUCUUCCUAUAGCCAUGUUAUCACUGCUGAACAGUUGUGUUUUCCUUUUACCAGCUGCAAGUGGAGAAAAAGCAAGUUUUUCGGUAACUGUAUUUUUGUCUUUGAGUGUUUUCCUUACAAUAAUCAGCGCUCAAUUACCGAAAACUUCAAAUAAAGUGUCUGCGUGUAAUUUGUAUGUAUUUUCCCAAGUUCUAAUCAGUACUUUUGUUACUAUAACUGUUUUGUUAGAAGUUCGGUUUUACCACAGAAGUGAAAAUAGAGUAGUCCCAAAAUGGCUCCAGAAAAUCAUCAUCUAUAGUAGACGGGAAAAGAAGAAUAAGCCGACCGAAGACGCAGUUGUCGAAGUAAACACAACAAAGAAUGGUGUUAUUCAAGAUACAAUUACACCCGAAACAAAUCAAAAGAAGUUUAAUGGAACAUGGGACAUUCAAAUGGACCCCGUGACAUGGGAUGGAGUAGCUAAUUGGUUGGACCCUGUUAUGUUUAUAUUCUACACGAGCUUAAAUUUGGUAUUCAGCAUGUGUUUGUUGAUAUGGGCUUCUUCCGUAUAACGUUUUCAUUUUUCUUUUUUUUUCCAUGGAAACAAGAAUGUAAUAAUAAUUUGGAUUUUGAAGAAUUGCUUGAUUUCCAUAUCAUUUUGCUAUAUAAGACGGAAACAUGUAAAUCAUAUCGUUUUUUUUGUUUGUUUUUGUUUAUAUAUUUAUUAUUUAUUUUGUAUUUGUUUUCAAGGCAAAUGUUAGCACUGUUUUGCAUAAAUCACCAAUAUAUAUCCUUGAUAACACAGCGUAUUCUGGCUAAUCAUGUUUUCUCUGAUGCAUCACGAAACUGAACAAAGCUAGAGGUUUGAAUAUUGAAGAAACAUACGUUUGGUAAACGUUUUAGUUUUGCUUCUUGAUUACACCAAACAGCAUGAUGUUUAUGUAGUUAGAUGUAGAUCUGUAGUACUUUGGAGUAAGUACAAAACUAAAUAAAUGAUGCGUUAGAACGAAUUUCAUUGGUUUUCAUAAGUUUAUUCUUGGUCUUUUUCAUUUUCCUGCGCUUUUUAAC